AUGUCUGCAGAAGCAUGUCACGGCAGCCCAGAGGCGUCUGUGUCACUUCAGUUUUCAGACGGCCGAUUUCUUCGCCAGGUCCUGCUGGAAGCGCAAAAAAAUGGGAGCGAUCCAGAGAGUAUUUCGAAGCUUUCGCAGCUGCAAAGCAUGGGCUUUGGACCAGAGGUUGCCAGAGUUGCCCUCCACGUCGCAAAAGGUGAUGAGUGUAAAGCGCUUCAACUCUGUAUGUCUGGCUUGUCCUUUGUGGAUCCGGCGGCGGCACUGGAGAAAUGCGCACCCCCAGCCCCACUGCGGUGUUACAUCUGUGGUCAGAAGUACUUGACGCAAAAGUCACUGGAGAUGCAUACUAGAGCAUGCAGGCGCCGCUUUGAAAUGCAGGAGUCCAAGCGACCGUCACAAGAGCGGUGUCAGCUUCUGGAAGAGUGGGAGCUCCCCGCUGGCUCAGAUUGCCUGCAGAGCUACUGCGAGAAUCUCCGCAGCAGACCACAAGCCCUUGCAACAAACUUCGAAGAUUGGGUGGAAACCCGGCAGCCCAUGCCGGAUCCCUCCAAAUUAUUGCCCUGUGAGUUCUGCAAGCGAACUUUCCUUCCGUGUAGGCUGGAAACUCAUCAGAAAGUAUGUUUGCAACGCCCCAAACAGGAACCAAGGCGGCCUGCGCGGAGGCAGACAAUGCCCGCCAGACCUCCACCAGCAGCAACCAACUCCUUCAAUGCCUUCUGCAACCAGCUGCAGCGCUGUCCGGUGUGCCAGCGACAGUUCAAGCCCGAGGUGCUUGCUGCACACCAGAAACGUUGUGUCCAAGAACCACAGAUACCAGCUCCAGUUCGACGAACAGCAAAGUCCCCUCCCAGCAGCCCAAGCACCACAAAGCGGAGGAGUCAUUCUGGCCAGCCACCUGCGCUUUCCUUCACGCCUCCUAGUCGUGGCUCGCCAUCGCAAGCCUCGUUUCGCUUGAGAUGGUCACCGGAAGAAGGCAUUUCGGAAACUUCGUAUCUGCAAGACUCGGGUCUGAUAGCACGUGCCACCCCGGACGUUGAAGCGAGGAUCUGCAAAGAACUGGCAGGGCGUUUCCACGGCCGAGUGGCAGGGGUAUACACUGCGUCUCUGGUUCAACAAAGCGUCUACGAUGCCCUGAAAGACACGAUGACGCAUGAGGACCAGAUUCCGGAGGAGCGAGAUCUUUGGCACGGGACAUCAUGGAGCUUUGUGCCCAAGAUCCUCAAGCAAGGCUUCAACCGGAGCUUUGCAGGACGCCACGGCACACUUCUGGGCCACGCUACCUAUUUCUCUUCAGACCCACGCUACUCCCUGAGGUUUUGCGACAAAGGGGGUGGCCAGCAUGGGACCAAGGUGCUCAUUCUGUCAAGGGUUCUCGUUGGGCGCUAUUGCAAAGGCUCCCCAAGCGAUGUGGAGCCACCAGUAUGCAAUGACGACGGAGACAGAUACGACACCACGGUGGAUUCAAUGGAGUCUCCAUCGAUAUUUGCCGUCUUCAGAGAUUUUCAGGCAGUUCCAUUGUUUCUGGUUGAAAUUGCGUGUGAAUAG